AUGUCUAGUCCAGGAUAUGCUCAGUCAAACGGACAAGCAGAAAGAAUGCUUCAGACAAUCAAGAGAAUGCUUACGAAGGAACAAACUGUUCAGGUGAAGCCUUUAGGCCACUCUGUUGGUGUGAGUGUUGGUACAGGUAUUGGAGCGCCGUGUCUCACUUCAACACCAAUUAAAAGGCCACGCAUGGAAGACACUGUGUUCGAGGAGAGCUCAACAUACACGUCAAACCAGUGUUCAGAUGUCACCUAUGAGCCUGAUGUCACUCAAGAGAGCAUUGAAAAGGUUUGCCAACCACUAUACAAAGCCAGGAAAUACAUGGUGUAUGAAGAGAAUUUGCUACAGCUGUUUCGGAAGUGUCAAGCAUGCUGCCAUACCUGCACAGUUGAGAAAUUUGUAAAUGGGACAUUUGUAUCCAUCACACAGAUCUGUUCACACUGCCUCCAAAAAACAAAGUGGAACAGCCAGCCACACAUCCAGAGUACACCGGCUGGGAAUUUGCAUUUGUCGGCAGCAGUAGCCUUCAGUGGGGCUUCAUACAUACAGAUCCACAAGCUACUGACAGCACUCUGUCUGGAAUGUAUAUGUCCCAGGACGUUUUUUAAUCAUCAGAAGACCUUUCUCCAGCCAACAAUUUUAUCGCACUGGAGGACUGAACAAAACACAAUGCUGGAGAUGGCAAGGCAUUAUGGAAAGGCCGUUGUCUUGGGUGGUGACAUGAGAGCUGAUUCCCCAGUAUAA